UUUCUUAUUUGAACUACGUCAUGAUACAGGAAGUAAACAAACCAGACAAGAGAGUUACCAAGUGGCUCACGAGACCUCGGCGAAUGUCCCAACAGCUCGUGCAGGUGUGAUGUUGUGCUUGCAUGCAUGAUCUCCACAUCUCAUCCUGAGGGUGUCAAGCGACACACUAACCCCCACAGUGCCAUGACUGAGGUGUUGGGACAGAGGAGCUUGUUGGGCUUUGGUGUGGUGUUGGCAUGGCUGGUGCUGUUCCACCUCCUGGUCAACAUCUGGCUGCUGUGCGUUUUCACCAGCCUGUUGGUGGUGCUCGGUGGCUGGCUCGGCUCCCAGGCCGUCCUGGAGUCCAACAGUGUGGUUCACCUGGAGAGGUUUGUCACCCUUGAGCAGGUUCAGCCGUCUGUGGAGGAUGAGCAUCGCUUGGACCAGGAGAUCCACAACACAGUGAGGAAAAUCAUCAGGGACUUUGUCACCUCUUGGUACUCCACUGUGUCCUCUGAGAGUGCUUUUGAAACAGAGGUUCAAGAAGCCAUGAUUUCUAUGGCCAUGGAGCUGAAAAUACGUGCAAGACAGGUUGAUAGGAAGGAGCUGACCCAGAGGAUCCUGGAUCUGUUUGGCUGCCACCUGCAGGACUACAUCAGAGCCAAGGAGCUGGUGAGCGAGCAGCAAACAUCUCUGACGGCAAAGUGGAGCAGUGAGAGCGAGCAGUUGUGGAAGGCAUAUUCCAGGGUUACCACACCUCAUCUUGCUAUGACCAGUGACGCAGUAGAAGUAAACUACACCAGAGCAGUUGUAGAUUUAUUGCUGCAUGUUUUGGUGCCAUUGCCACACUUGGAGACCCACAGUGGACGGUUCGUUGUCGGUGAGCUCAUUACCUGCAAUGUUCUGCUUCCUCUCAUUGGCAAAUUGUCUGACCCUGACUGGUUAAACAGUCUCAUGAUUGAAAUAUUCGGCAAGUCUAGCAAACAGCAGGAGCCAGUUACAACAGAGCCAAUGGCUUCCUCACCACCGCUGUCACCGUCACCUGCUCAAUCAGAGCUUGCUGCACUACAAGAGACAGUGCUUGUACCUCAAAAGAAUAAUGAAGGUCCUCCACUAAGAGCUGAGACUGAAAUGGUUAACGACUCAGAGACGGCCACACCUGAGCUGGCUGCCUAUGAUGUGAUUGAUUCUGACGAAGUGGACUGUACACAGAACAACACAGAAGAAGAAGAGCCUGCUCAACCCUUUUUAAGGCAUUACAUGAGAGGAAGCAAGUCAAACCCAUUUUACCAGGAAAAUGACACUGACCUGGAUUCUCCUUUGACUGACUAUAAACAAAGUUCGAUUGAUUCCCUGGUCAUGAUAAGCCAAGAGGAAGGCCUGUAUGACAGGCAGAAGGAAUGUGCCACAUCUGCUGAGACCAAUAAUGGUGUGGACCUGGAGGAUGUUUAUCCAAGUCCAGUGGAUGGCUCCUUCCCUAAAGUCCUGGUGAAAUCUCAACCAGUAGAGCAUCCUAAUGGCUGUGGUCCAUCAUCAGUUAGGACAGCAGAGGGGAUUCCCAGUAUCAGCAGCCUGCAGGACCUGGAGAGGGAGGGCAGUUCCCCUUCAGUAAACCCAGCCAGAGAGCUCCUUCUGGGCGUGGAACAGAGUGGGCUGGGGAACCCCAGUGAGGUGACAGAAGUCAGUCCAUUGCAGGGCUCUUCCCCUAUGCCGUCAUUCAGUUUUGAGCCCCUUAGCAGCCCUGAUGGACCAGUUAUCAUCCAGAACCUCCGCAUCACUGGCACCAUCACAGCUAAGGAGCACCGUGGCACUGGCUCACACCCAUACACUCUUUACACUAUCAAAUAUGAAACAGCAAUAGGCUGUGAGAACCCAGGAAACAUCCAGCCAGGCUCUGAAGAGGCUGAAGUGAUACCAGGUGGUGAGAAUCCAUCACCCAUUCAGCCAGUUGCCUACCACAUGGUCAACAGACGAUACAGUGAGUUCCUCAACCUGCAAACCCGGUUGGAAGAAAAAGCAGAGCUACGGAAACUCGUCAAAGGUGUGAAAGGUCCAAAGAAAAUAUUUCCAGAUAUGCCGUUUGGAAACAUGGAUAGUGACAAGAUAGAGGCAAGGAAAGGACUUCUGGAGACCUUUCUAAAGCAACUCUGUACCAUCUCUGAAAUAGCCAACAGUGAGGAGAUGCAGGAGUUUCUCGCUCUCAAUACAGACGCCAGGAUCGCCUUUGUCAAGAAACCUUUUAUUGUGUCACGUAUAGACAAGAUCGUGGUGAAUGCCAUUGUAGACACCCUGAAGACAGCGUUUCCUCGUUCAGAGCCUCAGAGCCCAACAGAGGAUAAUGAAGGAGAGGUGGAUGGAGGGAAAAUAAGCGCUGACAAAAAGAGCAAGUCUCGUCUGAAGUUCCCCAGUAAAAACAUGCCCUUUAUGAACGGCUCAGACAUUAGACCAGCAGUUUUGUUCAGUUUGGAGCAAACAAACACAGUGUUUAACGGGAUGUCUUUGGGAGAUUUGCAAGCCUUUAUUACGGAGCAGGAGAAACUGUCAGUCAGAGCCGAGCCAGAGAGGGAGGACAGUCCAGUAGUGAGAGAAUUCAGAGGCACUCUGGUUGACAGCUUGAGUGGAAAUCACAGUCAGGAAGUUGCGCAUGAGACGAGGCUGGCUGAGGUGGCUCUGAACAUCCUGUGUCUGCUGAUGAAAAACCAGUGGAGUUGGCUGUGCACUGAAAACAUUCAGAGGGCCAUCAGAUUGCUGUUUGGGACCCUUAUUAACAGAUGGCUGGAUGUGAGCGUCGCCAACCUGACGUGCACCAGGUACUGGGUGGUGUACCUGCAGGUCAUACAGGAGGCCGUGUGGCCAGGAGGAACUCUGCCUACGGCCCCUCGACUUGAACGCAGCCAGCAGCAGAAGGACCGCACCAGGCAACAAGCCUUACACUGUCUGAUGAGACUCCUGCCAGAUCUGAUUUCAGACAUGUUGGACUCAGACAAGUACAAACUCAGCUGGCAGACUGCACUGGACUCUCUUCAAGACCCCAACAUUAACAGACACCUGGUCUACUGCAUAUUUGAUCUUCUGCUGGAGUUCCUGGUUCCUGAAAUACCAGAGGAGACCUUCCAGAAGAGCCUGGUGCAGACCCUCUCCAAGAACCCAGAGAAGUUGCUGGCAUGAGGAGAAACCCCAGAGGAACACCUGCAAACCCAGCUGUCAUCCUUCAUCAUCUUAUCUGACCAUUGACUGAUGAUUUGCUGAAAAGCAGCGUGACAGCGAGGCUGCUCCUGUUCUACUAAUGUUCUGCGAUGAGAGUGCAAGUGUAUGUUUCUGGUGAGACUGAAUUUUCUCUGUCCCCACUUUAAACUCCUGGCGUCCCUCAGGCCUGUCUUUAGUCAUGUGUUGAUGUAUCGACACACGAGGCCCGUGAACAUGCUGUCCUGUAUAUGCACGCACGUUAACACAAACUACAUUUGAAGCAGCUUUGAUUACAUGAGAGCACCUGGUUUGUGUUUAACCUCAGAACGUGUCCGACACGUUGUUCAGAUCUAAAGCCUCCUCCGAUCUCCACAUCCCGCCCCUUCCUGCUCACUAAACUCUCUGGCUUUGAGUAAACUCGCUUCAGAUGGUCUUCACACUCUGCUCUCAUCCCCUCUUGCAGAGUCCGGACAGCAAAACCCACACCUGUUGCUCUAAUGUGGAGAAGCAGGAUUUGCUUUCCCCAUCAACUUAAAUCUCAAAAUGCUCUGCUGGGAUUUAGCAUUAGUGUUGUUUUUUCUCUGUUGACCCUUUCUUUAAAAUCCCACUGGCUGUGUUUAGAGCCACACAUGUGAUUCUGACAUAAUGUGAGCUAUACCUCCUAAAUCUGAGCCUUCCCGAGGGAGGACAUGUCUCUGGUAGAUUUUUUUAACCUGCAUGUGUCCAGGUGUAGGAAAAGUACAUACUGUCGUUCAGAGUGGUGAAGAGUUGGCCCUGAGAUAUUUUCCUGGCUUCACAGAGGCGUCACAGUUCUUUUAACAGGACCCUUGGAGAAUUAUCUGUGUGCAGUUAAUGUCUAAAUCAUAUAACAACUGGGCGCCACAAAAACAGGUAUAUGAAGGAUGUAGGAAUGGUGUUGGCCCACAUCCAUUCAAUAACUUCACAGGGUUGUUUGUGUAGGUUCCUAUAAAGCAGUGAACUGCUGGAGACUCUACAUACAGUACUGAAGAUCAGGUAUCUGUGAGAACUGGCUAAUUAACCAACAGGAUUAAAGGGGGGGGGUCAGUUAUAUAGCACAUUUUGUCGCUCUAUCCACACUGAUAGAGUGUGUUUUAUUUGUCCAGUAUUGACUUAUCAUAGGGAAGAAAUCGUCCCUAUGAAAACCAUUCAUGAUUGACAUCUGUGAGUUUCCUGUUAGAUUUUGCUGUUGUUAAGUAUGUUUAAAUAGUUAAUGUGUCAGUGCAGGUUUCCCCCAGUAAACCGGUUAGCAGAGCUGGCAAGUGCUGUUCUUUCAAUCAUUGAUGCAACACAGAGCUACUGAUGCUCCAGCUUGUUAGCUUAAAUGCUAACUUUAAACUAACUUUUACUCCAUGCUAACUCAAUAGGGUAAAAGUUUUGAUUUUCAAACGUCAGCCAUGUAGCGUGUAAAAGUGUAGUUUUCUUCUCACCUGUCACUGCACAGUGUUGUUCUGAUGAAUGCACUGGUCAUCAUGGCUGAGACAUUGUGUUGAGCCAGUUUAUCUAUUCAGUCCUUGAUGCCAGACCUGCACCUUUGCUGCGUGACGAGCAUGUAGCGAUGUGGUCGCUUUAGAAGCAGUCUGAAGAGAGUUUCAGUGGUGUCAGCACACAGUCUCCAUUCACUUUAAACAUAUUGUAAAGGUUUUUGCACUUUGUAAAUCUGCCUUAGCAUCUUAUUGUCUUCGUGGUGGUAACUCAACAAUCAACACAUCUUUCUCAGUUGGAUAAAGACAAUGAGCAGAAAACGUAGCUUAGUGAAAAUAUCCCAGGUCUGUGUCCAUGUUACUGCACAGAUCAUAUCUCGUGUGUCCGUGAUGUCCUGACACAGACUGUGUAGUUCAUCUUCAGUCGCAGCUGGCCGGGACGAUGAUGUAAUUGUGGGUAAAUCAGAGUUUCUCAGCCUUUUCUGCCAACAUUUUAACGUUCUAAAACGUCAUGACUUCAAUCUGGAGAAGCUGCCAUGUGAAUGCACGGAAGCCCAGACGGCCAUGCUUGCAAUGAUGUUUGUGAUGCUGUUAGCUCAAGAUCACAAGUCAAUUAUUUUGUUAUGUCGAGAUGAGAAACGUCGAUUGGUUUCUCUCCUUGUCUCGAGAAAACAAAAAGACGAUUUCUGGAGAUACUGAGAUAAUUUAUCACCAGAUAUAGAGAUUCAGAAGAGUGGACCAUGACACACGCACACACAGCUGUGUGUGUUGGGCGUGGGAGCGUCAAAGCAAACCGCAUGCACUUUUUAUGAACUUCGGCCAUUUGCUGUGUGAAUGUUCUCCCUGUGAUUCAAUAUGAGGGUAUUUACAUUAUGGCUAAUUAUUGUAAGGGAUAGGCUUACACAGUGGUCAACCUAAAGCAGAUGUGUUACUGCUCGGUAAGCUACGAUCAAAAGAAGUCCUGUCGGCAGGAGAACAGGAUAAGAAACUACCCACACUGGUGGAUGUUUGAAUGGAAUAAUAAAUGAUGUUUAGAAAUAAGCAAGCCUGCAGGACAACCAUUAAUGGAUUCUUCUUGAUCUGACAUUUUCAUCUGAAAUCCGUUGCUGCAGUUGUGAAGAUACCAUCGAUGCGUGCUGGCACCUGCAGAUAAUGAAAUAAUUUGCGUGUGAUCUGGAGAUAACUGCAUCAAAGCACAGCUGUGGGUGGCCUCCGUUCAGCUGUAGUACUGCAUGCUUUUGUUUUUUAUUUUUAGGAGUAUGGAGUCAGCUCCAAAUGGGUUACAUUAAAACUAAGAUAUGCAGUAUUUUCUUCUUUGAAUUGCAUCAAGUAUCAAAUUUGUAUGUCUGGCUAGACUAAAUCUACACAUUCAGUGAAGUCAUGUGGGAUUCGGAUGCUAAGUUUGAGAAAUGUCACUUUCCGUAUUGUAAGUAAAAGAAAUCAGAUCUUUAUGUUUCUUAAUGUUAAUCGCUCCAGUGUUUGGCAUUCUUGUCGUGGUUUAGUGGUCUCAUCUUUUCCCCCCUUUCCAUUGUGAUAACUUGUGAUUCCGCCUAUUUAUGAAUCUAUUUAUUUGCUUGAUGUACUAACUUAUGACUUGUUCUGAAUUCCGUCCAUUGAAGAACGAGUGAGGUGCCAGUGCUGACAGAGAGGAGCCCUUUCUUGUGAAGUGCUUUGAAGUGGAUUUUGCCUUACAAGGUGACUUGAUGAAGUUUGGCCCUGCCUGUCCUGCAGUAGUGCAGCUGCAGUGUGGCCACUGACCAUGCCUUAGUAGAACAUAAGCACCCAGUUCCAGCUCUCUGUAGUGGAGCUGUUAACGUGUGUUCUUUUUAUUGUGGCAAAUUGUGCUGAAUGUUGACGCUGUGACACUUAUUUGAUGUGAAGAGAUUGUGAGAUACAUAUUAAUUCUCUUGUCUAAUGCUGCAUAUUGCUCCCACCAUGACAUACAAUGUCUGCUGUGUAUAGAAUCACAACAUAUACGUAACAUUUUCUUGCUUUAGCUGAUUUUUUUAUUGUUGUAAUAUUCAUUGAUAUACAGUUAUAAUGUGAAAAAGGUCCAGUUAAUGCCUGAGGAGAGGACAGUGCAGCCUACAUCAACUACAGAUCUUGAGAGGGACUGUUCAUAUUGCAUGAGUAAGUUUGAUGUUUGGGAUGAGACACAGCCAAAGUGUCAUCCAUCUAAGUGUGCUUGUAGUGUGCAGGAUCUCAGCCUACGCUGAGCAAAAGUUCACCACCAGUCUGUCAAGCGGCAGUUUUAGCCAUGACAAGUAUGUUUUUGCUCUGAUACAUAAAGCUAAAUGAAAUGAAACGAUCCAAGCAGCGUUGCAGGGGUGACGUUGGCGCUCGAGAUAGUAUGCGGUGCUCCGCAUCAGAACAGUGUGGAAACAGUUCAAAUCCAUCAGGCCACAUGUCUACAUGUGCCUGAUCAAGGCUGCUGUAUCUCUUUAGGCCCUGACUGGACUUUGACCUCAUUAUAGCAACAUACUAACUGAUCCUGUUACAGUGAGAAACAUUUCUUGUUUUAAUGAGACACGUUGAUUUUGUGUAGUAAUGAAAAGAUGAAGGAUAUGAUGUUAUAGCAUGAACAGUUUCUUGGAAAUAGAUUUGAUAUGUAGUAAUAACCAAAGAUUUCUGUCAUAAUAACAUGAAAAAGAUCUUGUUAUGUCAUUAACAGGAUGGCGAUAAAGCAAGACAUUUUUGGAAACACAGUUUUGGAAUGGUGGCAGCAACAUGCUGCCGUACUUAUCUGCUUCAAUCAGUGGUAGAUGUUCGAUGUUACAUUAUUCAUGGAUGAAAAGUUGCACUGUGCUGUUUGUCUUUGGAACUUCCUGUAUUUAUGCCACAUGUUAAAUAGUUAAACAGUUUCUAGGUUGUGAAAACAUGGACUAAAGCUUGCUGUGUUGUAGAGAAAUAUAUGACAUUGUACAGCUUCACUGUUACCUGUACUCCUGUUGUCAUCACCUGUCUGUCACCUCUCGGUCUUGGUGUGUGCGGGCUUUCUCGACACGCUCCCGUGAGAACACGCGUGAGCUGUGUCGAGCGUGCUACCGCUGUGAAUCUGUCUCCGUUUGCUAGCACAGAUCGUAGCAGCCUUUUAAACAUUUGCUGGUUGUUCCUGAGCAUAUUUGCAAAAACAAUAAAGUGACCAAACAUGAGUUAUUAAA